CUUCUCGCGGUCCGUGAAGUCUUCUUCCCUUGAACUUGUGCUCCCUCGCCCUCUUCUCUCGUGCCUGUGCUCGCCCACGUCCUUACUCAUGCAAACAUCGUCUCGGGGAAUUAUAGAAUAUACCAGACCUGCCCUCAAAGCUCUGCCGCAGCGGCGGCCAGUUCAAACCCGUCCACCAGCGGUUGCAGACGGGCCAUUGUCGCCGAGACCGAUAGGACUCACUGCUAGGCUAUGGUCUUUUCCUUCCCUGGUGGCACAUUGGACUCAUACCUCUGCCAGUCGUGACUGGAAAACCCACGAACGAUAUCUUCUUGCUCUCAACGAUACUCUACCUCAACCACAUUCGACAUGUCGGUGGUAGGAAGGCAUACUUAUGUGCUUAGGCUGUAUUGUUCCGCUGGAGACAGCAUCGACGUCAUUUUCCAGACCAAUGUUAAGGGCCUCCGCUUGAAGCCGGUUGGAGCGCAGGUUCUUGUACCGACAGUCCUGAUCCUGGGUGGGCGAAUCAGUCGUGUCAAAGCCUGUUCGCUCGUUCAGUUCAUCUUGCAGUACCGCUAGUUAUUUUACAUUCCUGUUGUAUGUCG